UACCUUUAAAGCCAGCCGUGAUGAUGACCACCUAAUACAGGAGAAAGGAACCAUCAUUGCUAGUCAAAAAGAGCAAAAGAAGACAGAAAUAAGAGAGCGUUACACAUUAGAGAAGAAAGGGUGUUGAGGAGACAGCCAUGGCAACUCCUAAACAGAUGUUGGAGCAGCAACAGUCGCAGAUGCAGCGUGUGAAGACUUCGGGAAUCAUCAGUAGCCAAGGGAGCCCUCCAAAGGAGGACAAGGAAGAGGACAUGUCAAGAUCAGUGCUGGCUAUGUUCCGCGCAAAGGAAGAAGAAAUUCAGAAGAAGAAGAUGGAGGUGAGGGACAAGGUUCAUGCUCAGUUGGGCCGCGCCGAAGAAGCAACUAAGCGCCUGGCCGAGAUUCGGGAAGAACUUGAGGCUCUCACAGAUCCAACGAGGAGGGAAGUCGCACUUGUUCGCAAGAGGAUAGAUGUAAUUAACAAAGAGUUGAAGCCACUGGGGCAGAGCUGCCAAAAGAAGGAGCGAGAAUACAAGGAAGCCCUUGAGGCUUUCAAUGAGAAAAACAGGGAAAAAUCUCAACUGGUUACCAAAUUAAUGGAGCUGGUGGGUGAAAGUGAGAAACUGAGAUUGAAGAAGCUGGAGGAGCUCAGCAAAAAUGUGGACACCCUGAAAUAAGAUAGAUGUGUUGUUAAAGUAUAACUAGAGCUGUGUUCUUGUACUGUUGUAAUUAGAUAGAUAAUAGCUUUCCGUGACAUUGGUAUUUGUGAUUUGCUUUGCCUGUCUGUAUUUCACUGUUUGUGUUUGUACGGUUUUCUGAUUUAGGAAGAAAUGCCAACCAAGAGUGUCUCUGUCUGUCACAGAACAACAAAACCGAUCAAGUAUUUCCAAUGUUCUUAAAUAG